CCAGCAGCAGGAGCAGCCCGGACAGCUGCAUCAUUCAUCGCGAAUCUGCGUGAGAUCCAUGGAUCUGUCCGAAGAUGCACCAUCUGCCGAGGGUGGCGGGGCUGCUGUGGCAGUUGCCAUGGCCUCGGAGGUAUCCGUGUACUUCACGACCAAGUUGCCGGAUGAGUUCCGCGUGGCGCCUGAUCCAUUCCUGGUGCCAACCAAACUGGCGAGAUACGGACUAUCGGAGGUGAGGGAUGAUGGAGGGAGGGAUGCACGAUGUCGUCGAUGUCGUCCGUGUUUUGCUGCAUGCUGUGCUUCUAUCUAUCUUAAGGUGAUCAAUCAUCUGCUGGGUCUGGAUCCCCCGCGGCCGUUUGACUUUCUCGUCGAUGAUGAGUUCCUCAGGACCUCACUCGCCAAGUGAGUCAAGUGAACACACUCUCUCGUCGCUGCUCUCCACGGCCGCCUCUUCCUUUGCCUGUCUGUGUGGGUUUGAUUCAGGUAUAUGGUUGAUCAUGGUUUGACCAGUGAGAGGACGCUCACAAUCGAGUACACGCAUGCACUGGGGAGGCCGUCCACACGCGACAUCGACAAGCAGCCCGACUGGAUCGCCGACCUCACCACCACACACCUCACAGGCGACACCGCGUUGCUUAUCAGCGGCUCCUAUGACGGCGUGGCCCGUUUCCAUGUCAUGUCAUCCUCUGCGGGCGACCCCUCGCCAACCCCGGCCGCCAAGGGCGCCCUCACUGUGUCAUCGGAGGCGUGCAUCGUGGCGGUGGACAGCUGGUCGGGCGAGGCGGCCGAUGGGUCGCCCAUCGAGCUGGCCGCUGCACUCAAGAACGGCGAGGUGCGGUGGCUGUGUGUCGACCCGAAUGCCGUUGAGAGCGUGGAGGAGCAUGUGGGCCGAGGGUGAGACCACCAAGACCAUGGAUAUACAUCACACACUUGUCUGUCUCUUUCCGACUCUGCGGUGCGAUCGAUGUGCAUCAAUCAGUAUGUAUGUAUGUUUCGGUGUGUUAGGCACAUGGAGAGCGUUGAGUGCGUGUCCAUCAGCGCCGAUGGAGCACACAUAGCCACCGGGGGCUGGGACAACAGUGUCAUCGUGUGGGACAACGUAAGUAACCCUGCAGACAGACACGAAUCUAUCUAUCUGGGACAGAAUGGGAUGGGAUGGAAUCAUGUCGUUCGUGCCAUCCAUCGGUCAGACAUCUGCGGUGGAGUCCCUACGCGCGAAUAUCAAGGCCGCAUUGGGCAAGAGGUGAGUGAGUGACGCCACACAGGGGGGAUCCACCAAAGAGUCACGUCACGAGGCACGGUGCAUGUGCAUGUGCAUGUGGUGUGUCAGGUCAGCGUCAGAGACGUCGCACAGCCCCAAGUUCACCCUCAAGGGCCACACACAGACAGUGCAGGACGUAUGCUGGCCGCAAGCACCCGGUGCAUUCCAGCUUUUCAGGUAUCAAUCACACGGCAGCACUACUUGUGCUUGAAUCUGAUGUUUCAUUGUUGUGCUGAUGACAUCUUUUAGCGCCUCGUUCGACCAGACAGUCCGUGUGUGGGACACCGUGGCGGCAAUGCCCGUCUGCACAUUCCCAUGCGCUAAGGUGGGCGAGUAACGUGACUUACAUGCCACCCGUAUGGUGUCUGUCCGUUCUGUGUGUGCGUGUGUGUUUCAGGCGGCCAACAGCUUGAGUGUGAGCCCCAGUGGUCAAGAGCUGUGCACGGCGCAUGAGGACGGGUGAGCAGCCGAGACACAGACGUGCCAGUGCAGAUGCGACAUUGGCCGUUUGUUUUAUCAGGCGUGUGAGGGUGUGGGACAUCCGGGGAGGCAAUAGACCAGCAGGUGAGGGCGGGGGAGGGGGCGGCGAACAGACAGGGUGCCACCAGCAUGGAAGGAGGCACGCCUUUGGCUUGAUCUGCAGGUUCGUCCUCAUCGAGUGCUUCGUCUGCCGUGAAGGUUGAUGCAUCGAGUGCUCUCGCACUCACACACACUUACACCGUCCACAGAAGGUACUUACUGAUGUAGUGCACACACAUACACACAUACACGCCAUGUGUUGAUCGAUGCUCAAGUGAGAUGGGUGUCGGCGUGUGUGUGUGUGCAGGAUGGUUCCGCAGGCCCGUUGGAAUCCUUAUGAGCCCCACUGGAUCGCCUCGGUGUCGCACGAUGGAUGCCUCAAAAUCCUCGACACGAGAGCUACCAAACUCCCGCUGCAGACGGUAAGUAAAAAAUCGCGGUACACCGUGCCAUGCGUGUAUUGACGUGCCCUCAAUUCUUCAUAGGUGUCUCUUGAGGGAUGCAAGCUGCUGACGGUUGUGUGGGUGAGCCGGAGUGUGUGCGCGACGGGUGGGUCGGACGGUGUGCUGAGGCUGCAUGAGCUGCAACACGCGGGGGGGGCCGUCAACCAGCAGGACGACGAGUGAGAGAGCGAGGCGUGCC